AUGCCCAAGAGAAGGGCUGAAGGGGAAGCUAAAGGAGAUAAAGCCCAGAUACAAGAUGAACACCAGAGCAGAUGCUCAAGGUUGUCUGCUAAACCUGCUCCUCCAAAACCAGAGCCCACGCCUAAAGAGGCCCCUGCAAAGAAGAGAGAGAAGGUGCCCAAGGGGAAAAAAGGAAAAGCUGACGCUGGCGAGGAGGGGAAUAACCCCGCAGAAAGUGGAGAUGCCGACACAGACCAGGCACAGAAAGCUGCAGGUGCGGGAGACGCCACGUGA